AUGAAAAUAGAGACGUGCAUCUCUGUUAUAGUCAUGAUAUGGACUUUCUCCGUCACAGUUACAUUACCUUACGCCGUGUUUAUGACUUAUUACGAUAUAAAACUUGGCAAAUUUUGCGAGGAAACAUGGCCUAGUGAAAAGUUGCGCAGAAUAUUUGGCUCAGUCACUUCAACCCUUCAGUUCGUCUUCCCAUUUACAGUAAUUGCCUUUUGUUAUACAUGUGUCAGCUUCAAAUUGAACGAUCGCGCAAAAGCCAAAGCGGCCAGUAAGAAUGCUAGAAAAGAGGAGUUCGAUAAGAAUAGAAAGCGUCGAACAAACCAAAUGCUUAUUGCAAUGGUCACUAUUUUCGGUUUAUCGUGGCUGCCUUUGAAUGCUACAAACCUCUAUAAUGAUUACUACAUAUACGCUAUCCAUUCGAAAUACUAUUUCCUUAUAUUUUUCAUGUGCCAUGUGGUCGCAAUGUCGUCUACUUGUUACAACCCUUUCAUUUACGCUUGGAUGAACGAGAAUUUUAGAAAGGAGUUCAAACAAUUAAUUCCUUGUAUAGACACAGCUGGGCAACUUCGAAGCAAUAUUCCAUUAGAGCAAUUAGGUGUAGGCCAGUCUGAGAAGACUUUCAAUGGGAACACUACAACGGAUAGCUAUCUCGGCUCAAGUUCACAGAGGUCAACUUCGUUUAGACAUAAAAGGAAACCUAGUGCUGCGGCAGACGUAGAAAAGAGUGGAGUAGAAUUAAACGAAGAUUUAUUGAUGGUUGAUGUGAAGCAUUGCCACAUUUCUACAAGUUAUAAUCUGAGACGAGAAUCUGUUAAACUGAGGUUAAUUAAUGAGGAGUCCUUUGAUGGGUCGCCGACGCAGAGUCAGUUC